AUGACGGCAAAAAAUGUUGGUUUGACUUCCACAAAUGCAGAAUUAAGAGGAUUUAUAGAUCAGAAUCUCAGUCCGACAAAAGGUAACAUUUCAUUUGUUGCAUUUCCAGUUUCCAGCACCAACUCACCAACAAAGAUUUUACCAAAAACCUUAGGACCAAUAAAUGUGAAUGUUGGACCCCAAAUGAUUAUAAGUACACCACAGAGACUAACCAGUUCAGGAAGUGUUCUGAUUGGGAGUCCAUAUACCCCUGCACCAGCAAUGGUUACUCAGACACACAUAGCAGAAGCUACUGGCUGGGUCCCUGGUGAUAGAAAACGGGCUAGAGAAUUUAUAGACUCUGAUUUUUCAGAAAGCAAACGAAGCAAAAAAGGAGAUAAAAAUGGAAAGGGCUUGAGACAUUUUUCAAUGAAAGUGUGUGAGAAAGUUCAGCGGAAAGGUACAACAUCAUAUAAUGAAGUAGCUGAUGAGCUGGUGUCCGAGUUCACCAAUUCAAAUAACCAUUUGGCAGCUGAUUCGGCUUAUGACCAGAAGAACAUUAGGCGAAGAGUUUAUGAUGCUUUAAAUGUGUUAAUGGCAAUGAACAUAAUUUCAAAGGAAAAAAAAGAAAUCAAGUGGAUCGGCUUGCCUACCAAUUCUGCUCAGGAAUGUCAAAACCUGGAGAUCGAGAAGCAGAGGCGGAUAGAACGGAUAAAGCAGAAGCGGGCCCAGCUUCAGGAACUUCUCCUGCAGCAAAUCGCUUUCAAAAACCUGGUACAGAGAAAUCGACAAAACGAACAGCAGAGCCAGGGCCCUCCAGCUCUGAACUCCACCAUUCAGCUGCCAUUUAUAAUCAUCAAUACAAGCAGAAAAACAGUCAUAGACUGCAGCAUCUCAAGUGACAAGUUUGAAUAUCUUUUUAAUUUUGACAAUACCUUUGAGAUUCAUGAUGACAUAGAAGUGCUGAAGCGGAUGGGAAUGUCCUUUGGCCUGGAGUCAGGCAAAUGCUCCUUGGAGGAUCUGAAACUUGCUAAAUCACUGGUGCCAAAGGCUUUAGAAGGUUAUAUCACAGAUAUCUCCACAGGACCGUCGUGGUUAAAUCAGGGACUGCUUUUGAACUCUACCCAGUCAGUUUCAAACUUAGACCUGACCGCUGGUGCCACCUUGUCCCAAUCAAGUGCAAACCAAGGGUUGUGCUUGGAUGCUGAAGUGGCCUUAGCAACGGGGCGGCUCCUGGCCGCAGACACUCACCGGUCCGGCAGUGCGGCCUCCCACUGCUCUGAGUCCCGAGGCGAGACCCCCUGUUCCCUCAACGACGAGGACGAGGACGAGGAUGAGGAGGACUCCUCCUCCCCAGAAUAAAGACAGGCGCAGACCCACGUUCUGCUCUUUGAUGCUCAUGUGUGUUUUUAGUGUGAGCUCUUGUGUUUGAAACGAUUGCUUCGGUCUUUGCCUUUGUUUGCACUGUGUGUUCAGUGAAAACUAGGGAAACACAAUAAGCAAAUUACCUGAAGGCUGAGAGGAUUGAGGUGAAAGUUAACCGUAGUGUGAAUGAAAACCCUGAACGACAGAGCGGUAGAUCACAUGGCAAACAAAGCACGUACUCGGAGGUGGCAGAGGGGAUAGUCCCUGACUUGGCAGCACGAACGCAGCGCAUUUAUCUUCCGUGAGGCGGG